CUGACCUUUGCUUUCCACCUUGUUCGCACUGCCCCCUCCCAUCCCCACUUCGUACAUCGCAAUGUCGAAGCGUGCCGCAUCCCCAUCUUCAAAGAGGCCUGCAGAUGUAGACGAGGCGUCCUCCUCGUCGGCCGCGGGCCCUUCGGCACAGAAGGCGAAGACGUCGGCUGAUGCAUCGGCUUCCACCUCAAGGGCCCAGGGCGGGGACGAUGAGGAUGACAUGGGAGAAUUUGAAGAUCAAUUCGAGGACGAAAUGGAGAGCGAGAGCGAUGAAGGCGAGGUCGUGGACGCCAACGGCGAUGAGGACGACGAGGGCAUGGAGAUUGAUGGCGUCAAGGUCGAUGGAGAGAUCCAACGGCCAGAAGGCGACGAAGACGAUGAGGUCGAGCCAGAAGCUCAAGUGUACCUGCCCGGAGAUGCACUAGAGCCCGGGCAACAACUAGAACCAGAUCAAUCAGCAUACGAGAUGCUACACAGGCUCAACGUCACAUGGCCUUGCCUCUCCUUUGACUUCCUCAAGGAUCAUCUGGGAUCCGAUCGGCAAAAGUACCCGCACACAGCCUACUUUGCCGCGGGUACACAAGCCGAUACUGCCAAGAACAAUGAGCUCAUGGUCAUGAAGGCCAGCGGUAUGCACCGGACAAAUAAAGACGGAAACACCUCUGACGACGAGGAUGAUGAUGAUGACGACGACGACCUGGAUGAUGAUGCUAUUCUUGAGUAUCGCUCCAUUCCGCAUCUCGGAGGCAUCAACAGAGUCCGAGCUGCUCCCACUUCCACACCGACCUCAGAUUUGGAGCCUUGCCUAGAUCCCUACCCAGUAGCAACAUGGUCAGAGCUGGGCAAGGUGCACAUCUUUGAUGUCCGUCCUCUGUUCAACGCCCUAGAUCGUCCAGGUACCCAAUACGACAAGAAGAAGGUCGGAACACCUCUCUAUACUGUCGAGGCUCACAAUGGUGUGGAAGGCUACGCUAUGGAUUGGGCUGGUGUCUCCGCAGGCGGCGCUUCCGGCAGCAGAGCAUCCAACCUUCGUCUGCUUACCGGCGACCUGUUCUCCAACAUCUACCUCACUACAUCAAACAAUUCCGGAUUCACCACCAACCCUACCCCCUUCACAUCUCAUACCUCCUCCGUAGAGGACUUGCAAUGGUCGCCGAGUGAGACGACUGUCUUUGCCAGUUGCUCAGCAGACACCUCUGUCAGAGUGUGGGACGUCCGUCUCAAGUCGCGGAAGAGCGUGAUUACCGUCGACAAGGCCCACCCUACAGAUGUGAAUGUCAUCUCGUGGAAUAAGAAGACAGGCUACCUGUUGCUGUCUGGUGGAGACGAGGGUGGUUUGAACGUCUGGGACCUGCGGAACUUCAAGAAGGACGCUACCAGCAAGCCACUGCCUGUUGCCAGUUUCAAUUGGCACACCGGACCCAUCUCCUCCGUCGAGUGGCAUCCGACAGAAGAGUCCGUCUUUGCUGCCUCUGGCCGAGACGACCAGGUGACUCUGUGGGAUUUGUCGGUCGAGCAGGACGAAGACGAGGAAGGAGGCGCUGGCGCACGCUAUGGUCCUGAUGGCAGGGAGGUGCCCUCGCAACUGCUCUUCUGCCACCAGGGCGCUAGUGAGAUCAAGGAGGUGCACUGGAACGAGCAGAUCCCUGGUAUGCUUACCAGCACAAGUGCUGAUGGCUUCCACCUGUUCAAGACCAUUUCUGUGUAGGCGUAUUCGAGAGGGAGCAGGAAGAAGAAGGGAGUGGACCUUGCAGAGCUGCAGCCUCUUCGCUCCUCUCAUCUCGGUCGUUGUUGGAUACCCGUUGCAGUCUCUUGUCCUAUCGCCAUUGUACAAUAUACUAUCAUUAGCGCUG